UUUCCGUUACGGACAGGCUCAUCUAGUCAAGCCUGGCCAGGAAAUCCAAUCGAGCACAGUAAGUGUUAAGCUUACAGCAGAAGGAAAGAGCCCAGCGAGAAAAUGACGUUGAACAAUGUACUUGCUCGAGCUGCCCUUGUCACCAGAGCUGGAUCCAGGGCUGUAUUUACAUCAUCCAAGCGUGACACGACUUCUCCCAACUGGUUACGAGUGGGUCUUGCCUUUGGAUCGUCGAUUUUCCUGUGGAGCCUGCUCUUCAAGCAGCAUAGUACAGAUGUCCAUGAGUAUAAAGUGAGGAACAAUCUGGAAUAAAAUCUGCGCAUGGGCCCACAUCCUUCAGGAUGCAUCUGUUGUGUUCCUCUUGAUUUGUCACACUGAGUUCUGUGAUAAAUAUUUGAUGAAGCAACUCAAAGCCCCCGG